GAAUUCGCAUUCUGAUUGAAGAAUAAAAGAAAAACUUGACGAAAAAGUUUCACCAAAUUUUGUUUAUUUUACAAAUUUUAUACUGAAAUUUAAUUUUUAUUUCAAAGCUUAAGUAAGAUCAUUCUGAUCUGAAAUUAAAUUAAAUCAAAACCAAACAGAAUUUUCAAUCUAAGCAAUAAUUUUCUAUGCGGUAUAGUUUAUUGUGACUUCAGUUUCUGAAUAAUUCGGAGCAAUGUCAAAUCUUAAUAACCACAAUAAUAAUAAAAGUGAACUAGAGAAAUUGUCAGAAGAAUCACUUACCAGACAACCAGAAGAAGUUUUUGACGUCAUAUGUAAGCUAGGAGAAGGUAGUUAUGGUUCUGUUUACAAAGCUAAGCAUAAAGAAAGUGAUCAGAUUGUGGCCAUCAAGCAGGUUCCUGUGGACACAGAUCUUCAAGAAAUUAUUAAAGAAAUCUCGAUAAUGCAACAAUGUGAUUCACCUUAUGUUGUGAAAUAUUAUGGUUCGUACUUCAAAAACACUGACCUAUGGAUUAUCAUGGAAUAUUGUGGAGCUGGGUCUGUGUCAGAUAUCAUGCGAUUACGGAAGAAAACACUAACUGAAGAUGAAAUUUCAACGAUUUUAAGCGACACUUUAAAAGGAUUGGAAUAUCUUCACUUAAGGAGGAAGAUUCAUCGAGAUAUUAAAGCAGGAAAUAUUCUUUUAAACUCUGAAGGACAUGCAAAGCUGGCAGAUUUCGGUGUUGCUGGUCAAUUGACUGACACAAUGGCGAAAAGAAAUACAGUAAUUGGUACCCCAUUUUGGAUGGCACCUGAACCUCCACCAUCCUUUCGAGAAAUCGAUCGCUGGUCACCUGAAUUCAUAGAAUUUGUUAGCCUUUGUUUGGUGAAAAAUCCGGAUGAAAGAGCAAGUGCAACAAGUUUACUCAAGCAUGAAUUUGUUUUAAAUGCUCGGCCUAAUAGUAUUCUGUCACAUAUGAUUGCUGAAGCCAAAGAAAUUCGUGAGAAUCAAAGCUAUUCGAGACCAAGUGUCAUUCUACAAGUAAACAAGCAAUUACAAAACCAAAUGGAAGAAUCAGAUGACGAACAAAACAAUGGAAUAUCCAAAGAAUUUCCAGAUUGUAAAACGUUAGUUCCCUUUAAAGAUGAUGAAGGUGAAUUAACUAUGAUAGCUCACACAGAUUGCAACACACUAAUCCCUGACACUGGCACGAUGGUUGAAUUACAAUCAAACUUAGGCACGAUGGUUAUUAAUUCAGAUUCGGAAGAAUUGACAAUGAAACGCCAUGACACAAACCCUGAUAAGCCGAAAUAUCGACCAUUAUUCUUAGAACACUUCGAUAAAAAAGAAGCUGAAAGCUGCAUACUCAGCGGUGGAAACAGCAAUUUCAUGAAUGAAGAGAAGGAAAUCUUACAAGAAGUGCCGAAAAUGAAAGUUCCAGCUAAAAAUAAUUCGCAACAAGUUCAAUUGCUUUUACAAAAUGCACCACCACCAGCAAUGGUGGGAUUAGAAGAGUCUCCACAGCUACAUGAUCAAUAUCUACAAGCAAGAUUAGAUUUUCAUUUGAAUCAAAUUCAGCAAUCAGCGAUUCAACCAAAUAUCAUUCAUAAAGUGCCAGUAACGACUUCCUCAUUGAUGCCAGAAAGCAAUGAAAAUAUUCAGAAUUUAAACCAACAAAACUUUCAAAAGCAACAGGCAGAGAAUUUAAUAAAAUUCCAGCGGUUGAACACUUUAGAGAGCGAAUAUGAGUUUUUAAAAUUCUUAAGUUACGAAGAGCUAGAGCAACGGCUUGCUAGUCUAGAUAAAGAAAUGGACAAGGAGUUUGAGGAAACUAAGAAACGUUAUAAAGUUAAACGAAAACCAAUUAUUGAAGCCAUUGAAGCAAAACAACAGAAAAGAAAACAAAAAAUCGAAGAAUUUUAAUUCUUUCUUCAUGUCGUUGUUUCUCCAUUUCUUCUGUCUCAUUAUUAUUGAUUAUGGAAAAAUAGAAAUCAUUUUUAAAAGUGAACCUUAAAAAAUAUUUAAUAUCAAAUCAGUAAUUAAUUUAGCAAUAGAAGACUUGAUGCUUUUUAGAAUUGAAUUUAAAAGACUUCAAAGAAAUAUAAUCAUAUCUUGAAAUUAAAAAGAAAGUUAUGCUAACAUCGAGAAUGAUUUUUUCUUCUGUUGAUCCAAAAUUAUGUUCCCAUUUCUAGGCAGUGUCAACAAAUUAUUAAAUUAAUAAGAAUUUUCUGUAAAUAUAUUUUUAUAACAUCAUAUCUACAUACAUAAGUAAAAACUGAGUAAAGAACUUUGAAACAUUAAAUA